AUGUACCCCCUUACCUUACCGCGCGAGAUCAACUCCUUGCGCUACUUCUCCGUUAUUGCCAUUUUUCUCAUGAUGUACUUCGUCUUCAGCGUUGUUUUGCACUCUUUCCUGAAUGGCUUCCACCACGGCGUUCGGAAGGAUAUCGUAUACUUCCAAUCCGGCAAUACCGCCGUCCAGGGGCUGGCCAUAUUCAUGGCGGCCUAUCUUUCGCAGCUCAAUUGCUAUAAAGUCUACGAUGAGUUAUACAAACCAACGGUACGGCGUUUAACCUUAACCGGUGGGAUCAGCGCGUCAUUAUGUUUUAUUUUAUACGCCCUCACGGGUGUGUUUGGUUAUUACGACUUCGGCGCCGCGGUGACCGGGAGCGCGUUAAAGCUUUACAAUCCCAUCAAAGAGCCCUAUAUGGGGGUUUCCUACGCCAUAAUUAUGCUGAAAUUGUGUGUGGGGUAUGGGCUAAAUAUGAUCCCUCUGCGCGAGGCGAUCUACCAUGUGACUAAGGUUGACGGCAAGGCAAUUAUGUGGUGGAAACACGCCCUGUUUGUGAGUGCCAUGGCCGUUUUAACCCUCCUCGGCGGGCUUUUCCUUCCGAACGUGAAUACGGCUGUGGGGCUUGUGGGUGGAUUCUCCGGAGGGUUUAUCUCAUAUAUCUUUCCCGCGUUGAUGUACAUGUACUCAGGGAAUUGGACACUGCAAAAGGUGGGGUGGUUUCACUUCGUGAUGACCUACAUUCUGCUCAUCUGCGGCGUCAUCGGCGUCGUCUUCGGCACGAUCUCUACCAUUUAUGGACACUUCUAUUCCUAA